UUGUCACGCCCAUCUUCUAGCUGGAUCGAUAAACCUGCAGCUAUCUCUGGUUUACAGUCAUUUAGUGAAGUUUUAAGUACUGUAUUCCAUCGGAUAAGACUCUGGACUACUAGAUAUAUCUGUAUCCGUCGUGUCCGCGGGAAUUUGGAGUGUUCCCAGACUGAGAGAAUGGCGGAGGUGGACCCUGACACUCUACUGGAGUGGUUGGCCUUGGGCUCUGGUGAUGAUAGAGACAUUCAACUACUGGCAUUGGAGCAGCUCUGCAUGUUACUACUCAUGUCUGACAAUGUUGACAAGUGCUUUGAAGCGUGCCCACCACGAGCCUUUAUUCCCGGCCUAUGCAAGAUCUUCAUGGACGACGAAGCCCCUGACAGUAUACUGGAAGUGACUGCUCGAGCUCUCACUUAUUACCUUGAUGUGUCUGCUGACUGUACUCGUCGUAUCACAGCUGUAGACGGUGCCCUCAAGGCUAUCAUCACAAGAAUGCAGGUGUCAGAUAUGGCUAAUAGAUCCAGUAAAGACUUGGCUGAGCAGUGUGUGAAGGUACUGGAGUUGGCCUGCUCUCGAGAAUCAGACAAAGUGUUUGAUGCUGGGGGACUGCCUGCUAUCAUGACUCUACUCAUUCAAAACACUCAGUACCUCCACAGAGACACGAUGCGCUCAUGCAUGAAUGUGGUUACUCGUCUGGUGCCUCGUAUGGAACCCAAGGACCCGGCCCUCGAUUCUUGCGUGACUUCUCUCUCCACGCUCCUCCAGAACACAGACCCCCAGAUAUCAGACCCAGCCAUGAAGUGCUUCGUGGCUCUGGCUGACAGAUUCAUCAGGAAGGGGAAGGAUCCUGCUCCAAUAGCUAGCAAGGGUUUGAUCGAUGAGCUCAUUCAGCGCUUGAAGCUGGUUGGUCAGUCAGUGUCGGCCAAUCAGGGCGCAGCAUCUCCUGAGAAACCCUCUGGCCAUUCUGUGUCCACCAUUGUGAAUCUCCUCUCUACGCUAUGCAGGGGGUCUGCCACCAUCACCAAGUUCCUGCUUCGCUCCAACCUCCCUGAUGCCCUGGAGAGUGCCUUGAGGGGAGAUGAAAGGUCUGCCCUGGAGAUGAUGAGACUCACAGAGCUGCUACUAGUUCUCAUAAUGGACGGACGUAAGACGCUACCCAAGAGCUUCCAGUCCGUGCUGAGUGCUGCCAAGAGGAUGGACAGUUUCCCUGGAGACCGCUCACACAGACACAUAAUCGAGGCAGUACGUAAUGGCAAUAACGAGGAAUUCUUCGAAGCUAUGGAGUCCGGAUUUGAUGUAAACUUCAUCGACGAUGUUGGACAGACCAUUUUAAACUGGGCCUCUGCGUUUGGCACAUACGAGAUGGUUGAGUAUCUGUUAGAGCAUGGUGCCGACGUGAACAGAGGCCUCAAGUCAUCAUCACUCCAUUACGCUGCUUGCUUUGGACGUCCGAAUAUUGUGAAGCUGUUGCUGCAGUAUGGAGCGGAUCCUGACCUCCGAGAUGAGGAUUGCCACACCCCUCUAGAGAAGGCUCAGGAGAGGGAGGAUGAGUGGCACAGACAAGUCAUCGAGAUACUGGAGAGCCCAAGUGAAUACAUGUUGCGUGAUGUGUCAGACACUGAUGACUCAUUCUCUGGGGAUGAAGAAGACACUACAGCCUCCGCUAGAACGCCCACCAUCGAACCAGGCGACCAAUCGCAUUCACUCAUUGCCCCACCCGCAACUGGUACCAUCUCCACGGAGACCAAGGAGGCAGUAAAGGUUGAGAGUGAGGAGUCUGAGGUGGCCGAGGAUGAUAAGGGUGAUCCUGAGAUGGCCCCCCUCUACCUCAAGAGACUCCUACCAGUGUUUGCUGAGCUAUUCCACUCUAGUCUAGCCCCACCCCUCAGGAAGGAGGCUUUGCGUAUGUUGCGUAAGAUGUGCCGCUACAUCAGUGCCGAGUGUCUGUGUGAGCUGUGUGUAGAGGCUGUCUCCAAGGAAACAGGCCCCACCCCCCAACCACCGUUCCCUGCUCAGAUUAGCGAAGUGUUAUCCGUAGCACUAGACAGUGAAGAUGAUGUAGACUCUCAACUGACAGCUCUGCAUAUUGUGAAUGAUUUACUGGCUAAGAGUGGGCCAGCUUUUGAUGAGCAGUUUGUACGACUUGGUAUACCCACCAAGAUACUGCACCUGGCUAAAGACGCCAGCAGUGACGAUGACACUGACGCCUCCCCAGUGGAGGCAGUAAAGAGCGAGUUUGAUAUUGGGGAGGCUGCAAAGAACGAGAUUGAUAUUGGAGAAGCUGCAAAGAAUGAAAUAGAGGUGAACAAGGCUGUAAAGGACGAGAGUGAGGUUUUGGUGGUCCCCCUGGAGGGAAGCAGUGUGGACAGAGAAGAUGACCAGGUGGACUGUGAUGACGCCCCCGACCUCACUACUCACACUACAGAGGACUGUGAUGACGCCCCCGAUCUCACCACUCACACGGCCUACCACUGGAGGGAGUGGUUCGUGAUCAAGUCUCGCGAUUGUCUCUAUCUGUGGAAUGAGUACACGGCCAUUGAGUUGAGCAAAGUCAGUAAUGGAUGGUUCCGGUUCUUGGUGGACGACAAACUGGCCACCAUGUACUCCAGUGGGACCACCGAGGGGGGCCCUGAUGCAUUUGAAAAUCGAGUUGAAUUUCUUGAGAAGAUGCAGCGAGUGUGUGGUCAGGUGACCCCAGUGGGGGGCGUGGUCCUGCCAAUCCUCUCCAGCCCCUCCCCUCUCAAGAUGGUUGUGGGGAACUGGUCUCUGGUCUGUCAGAAUGAGGGGGAGAUGACAAUACACAACUCUGACGGAACUAGACAAGCCACUGUUCUGAGUGAGGGGACGUCGGGAUUUGUGUUUGAGUCUAAUCGUGGUGUACGUGCAAGCGUGAUACCAGAGCACCCCCUGGGGUCACAGUUCAAGUUCAGCUGGAUGGGCCAGAAGACGAAAAAGAUAAAAACCAAAGCAGAGCAAGCGGUAGAGAGAGUGGGCAAGAUGGCGCUGGAGCUGCAGGGACGCUACUUCUCUGUGACCCAGGAGAGUACGAGGAAGAUAGCUGCCGAGUUGAGGGGCAUUUUGGGGCAGGUGGAGGAGGCCUGUUCAGCUCAUGACACGGGUUUACCGUCCAUUGGUAGUGGCUGGCGUGAGGGACUGGAGACAGCACUCACAGCACUGGCUCUGUUACUAAGAGACGAGAAAACCAUCUCUGCUUAUGAGGUCCAUCUUAGUGGCUUAGUACCUGUCUUAUCACACUGUUUGAAAGGGGGCGUGGCCAGUGACGAUAGCAAAGUGGCGACAAGAGUCGAGUUAUUCAAGAGAGCUUUUGCUGAAUCAGCACAGCAAAUGCCUGCUGACCUGGACGCAAGCACGGCCAGCAACAGUGUGGCCCUCCCCUCAGUUGGUCUGAUACGUAAGCUCAUCUCAGUGCUGGAGGCAGUGGAGAAGCUCUCAGUCCACACGUAUGAGCCGCCUGGACAAGUGCUCAAUCUGCAGAUGCUGCAUCGUCGCUUCAAGCUCUCCUUGGAGAGGGGUGCGGGGGCAGGGUCUCUUGUAGACUGCUCAGGGAAGGCACUCAAGAUUGAGCCGUUGGUCAGCAUCGAUGGCUUGGAGAGCUUCCUUAAUGGAAUAGUUGCUAAGCAAUGGUACGACUUCGAGAGAAAGUCCUUUCACUUUGUGAAGGUUGCACGAGAGCUCAAGUCUCCUUUGAACUUUAGACGAGUGUCUGAUUUUGACGAGAAUGGCAUUCUGUACUGGAUUGGCACUGAUGCAAGGACCACAGAGUGGGUGAACGUGGCAGCUAAAGGCCUAGUGGUGGUCAGUUCCUCCGAGGGGCGCAUACUACCUUAUGGUAAUCUCCACGAUAUCGUAUCACGUGACGACAACCCACGUAACUGUCACACUAAAGACGAUCGAAACAGUUGGUUUGCUCUUGACCUCGGCUUGUGGGUGUGGCCUACAGCGUACACCUUACGCCACUCACGAGGGUACGGAAGUCGUGCUGCUCUCAGAAACUGGGUAUUCCAGGUAUCCAAGGACGGUCAUGAUUGGCUGACUCUGCACUCUCACAGCGACGACACCACCCUAGGGGAGCCCGGCUCUGUGGGUACUUGGACUUUGACCCCACCUGACGAUCCCAUUGGUUGGCGCCACCUACGACUCAAGAUCAGUGGACCUAAUGCCUCAGGGCAGACACACUACCUGUCUGUGUCAGGGCUUGAACUGUACGGGGAGAUCAGAGGACUCGCUGAUGAGGAUUUAGGCAAGGCGGCUCAGGAAGUGGAGGCAGCUGUCAAGAAACAACGCAAGCACAUUCGUCGCACUGUCAUGAAGAACCUGAUGCUGGGCGCUCGCGUGGUCCGUGGGGUGGACUGGAAGUGGAGGGACCAGGACGGGUCCCCCUCAGGCGUGGGUACGAUCACUGGGGAGCUACGUAACGGCUGGAUAGAGGUCCAAUGGGAUCACGGUGGAGCUAACUCGUACCGAAUGGGAGCAGAGGGAAAGUUUGAUCUGCAGCUAUCUAAUGAUGAACCUCAGCCAACCCCGCCCCCCAACACAUCGGGGGAGGGCAGUGAGAGUGAGACCCCCAAUACUAGUAGCCGUCCCUCGUCCAGUAGGGGGGUCAGUCUGGCCGCCUCGUUGCUAAGAGACCUGGGGGUAGGCGGAGAGGCUGAGCGGUUGAGGGCAGAGCUGGAGAAGUUGGAGGAGGCGGAAGUGCUCGAGUAUACGGAGGAAGAAGAUGAUGAGAUGAUGAUGGAGCGCUGGGACACACUGGAAGAGGAGGUGGUGCGCCACGGCCUGGAGGAGGACUAUGUUCUCAAGCAAGCCUUCAAUGCACUCGUACCGGCCUUUGACCCCAGACCUGGGCGUACCAACGUACCUCAGAUACAGGACUUUGAGGUACCUCCCCCUGGCACUGAAGGCCACACCCCCUUGCCUCCUGACCACGCCCCUCCAAUCAGCCCACGAGGAGUCAGGCUCUCACUCACACUCAAGCACGGGAACACUGAAGUGCUGUUGGAGGACGGAACAAAGAGCAUGUUCUAUUACGUGCAGUUGCUCAACUCACAGCUGCCUAAACCAGAGCGAAUCAAGCGGCUCUGGGACCCGACCUUCACCCUCGUCUACCAGGACAGCUGCUCCUUCACAGGGCAAGGGUGGUCUCAGUCCUAUGUGGCUAGACACAUCGGUAGUGAUCGUCUCCCCAAGAGCCAGCUCAUUCAAUACCUCCAGAAGAAGGCUAAGGCUGGUUGGUUGAAGAAGUGGAAGCUGGUUGGCAACGCACGAAAUAUCAAAAAGAACAAGAACUGCCAGCAACUCAUCGUUGCUUACAAGGAUUUUUGCAGCAGUGAUGGUAACUGUGUGAGUGGGGAUGUGACGGUUGUGGGGGAGGUGGACGAGCUGACAGCUGUCCGGGACGUCCUGUCUCUGCUACACACACUACACACCUUCACAACUCUCACAGAAGAGGCAGCCUUUGAGUGCCCGCCGGACGAGUUUCACAGUAAGAAGCUAUUGAACAAGUUGGUCCAGCAGAUCCACGAGCCCCUGGUGCUGGCCAGCUGCUCUCUCCCGGAGUGGUGCAAUACCCUCACUGUCAACUACCCGCUUCUCUUCCCCUUUGAGGUCAGGGAGGUCUUUUUCAACUGCACUGCCUUUGGGUCUUCAAGGUCAAUCAUAUGGCUUCAGAAGAGGCGUGAUGAGAUUAUGGAGCGUCUGCGAGGCUCCUCCCACUCUCGUAACGAGGAUCACCACGAGCUCAUGAUUGGUCGACUGAGACAGGACAGAGUUCGUAUUCCACGAGGUGGAGAGAUGCUGCCCUGGGCACACGUCGUGUUCAUGGCUCACUGUGAGAGAAAGUCUAUCCUCGAGAUUGAGUUUGUGGAUGAGGAAGGCACAGGUUUGGGGCCGUCUCUCGAGUUCUAUGCUCUAGUGGCGGCUGAGUUGCAGCAACGCUCUCUGGGUAUGUGGCUCUGUGACGAUCAGACUCCCGACAAUCAGGCCCGAGAGGUGGAUAUAGGGCACGGCUAUAAGCCCCCAGGCUACUAUGUGCAGCAUUCGUACGGGCUGUUCCCGGGACCAUGGCCGCAAGACAGUCCACAGCUGACCAAUGUGUGUCGUCACUUUGAACUACUCGGAAUGUUCAUUGCCAAAUGUAUUCAAGAUGGCCGCCGCAUAGACCUUCCCUUGUCCCGGCCCUUCUACAAGCUUCUCUGUACGCCUGGUCCGCAUCACACCCAUACUGACCACACCCCUCAAGAUCACGAGGAAGAGACCACCUCCCCUUGCAACGAGAGUGACAACCAGACUAGCAAUAUCUCAGAAGGACAGGCCGGCCCUACAGGACGAUCAAAUCGACCUCUGACCCCACACCCACUCAAUUCAGACAUGGAAGGUGGGAAAGUGGCGGAAUUUCUGUUCUGUGACGAGAUACCCAAAGACAGCUGCAAGAGUGACGUGCUCACACUGGAGCUGCAUGGAGAAACUGAUGGGUCCGGUUCUGAUACGCAAUGGCAGUCUGCUGGUUCCGAUACCUCAUGGCUAACCGGGAUAUUGGAUCGUGGUGAUUUGGGUGAGAUUAAUCCAUUCCGUGGCAAGUUUCUGAGUCAGCUUGACGAGGCGCUGGCUGAGAGAGGGAGGAUUGAGGGACGGGAGGAGCUGUCUCCAAGGGAACGGGAGCAGCUACUGAGUCAAGUGAGAGUGGGAGGUGGCGAGAAUAUCCCGGGAGCUCUUUUUGAAGACUUGUGUUUGACCUUUGUGUUUGACCCCUCAUCGGAAGUGUUUUCCUUCUCGUCCCACCCUCUGAAGUCAGGAGGUGUCACCAUAGAUCUUACCGUGGCCAAUGUAGAGGAGUACGUUUCACUGGUGGAGAAGUUUUGCUUGGAGACUGGCAUCACCAGACAAAUGGAAGCAUUCAAAGCUGGUUUUGAUCGAGUAUUUUCCAUGGAGCGGCUCCAAACCUUCUCUCCAUAUGAGCUCCAGCUGCUCCUGUGUGGAGAACAGGCCCCCUCCUGGACAAGGGACGAUCUCAUCAACUACACUGAGCCGAAGUAUGGUUUCACCAAGGAGAGCCCUGGCUACCUGCGCCUCGUCAACGUGCUCAUGGACAUGACAGCUGACGAGAGAAAGGCUUUUGUUCAGUUUGUGACUGGGUGUGGCUCCCUCCCCCCGGGUGGGCUCGCUAAUCUCCAUCCUCAUCUCACCGUGGUUCGUAAAGAGGCCUCUACUGAUCAUGUGUACCCCUCAGUCAACACGUGUGUGCACUACCUCAAGUUACCAGAGUAUCCCUCGGAGGAGGUCCUCAAGCAGAGACUGCUCGAUGCUACUCAAGAGAAAGGCUUCCAUUUGAACUAGAAACUGUGUGCGUGUGUUUAGGCACUUAACUAUCAUUCAUUAAUUAUUAAUUAAUUCUACCAUUCUCACUUUUGUUCUAAUUGUGCACGUUGUUUGUUAAUUGCUUAAAAUGACUCGUUUAAAACAUA